AUGGAGGUAAAUAUGAGAAUGUAUAUACUAGUAAGCCAUUUAGCUAUGGCUUGUACUCUCCUAUAUGCAUUCCUAAAGUAUGACGAGUUCUAUUCGAUGGUUAUUUACUUAUCGACUGAGAAGUUUCCAAAAACGAUAAUUUACAACUUCUCCCUGAUGGUCUUCAUACUGUUGUGCAAAUUAUUUUUGAAUUUCUUUAUCGGAGAGUUGAGAUAUUUAGAAGUUGAGCAAUUAAUGGAUAAUGCAAGAGUAUUUAUUAUGGAUACAAUCUUAUUUUUAGUCCUAUCUAAACCGACGAUAAAUGGAAAAGAAGUUUCUUCCAUUAUUUUAAUUAAAUAUUUAUCUAUUAUAGUUAUUUUAAAAGUCUAUCAUUUGAUUUUAUACUCUCGAGUGUCACACAUCUUUGAGUUAGGAGUCCCAAGGACACGAGUGCUCGUGAAGCUGUUCAUUUUCAUGAUCCUUUUGUCAGUCGCAAACUUAUGCAUGUUCAGAUAUUUUUACAAGAAUUCUCUCAAAAAUUCGACAAUGUAUUUAUGGCUAUUUUUUGAAAGUCUAAGUAUAUUUGAAUCAUGUCAAGUAUCAAUAGUUAAAUUUUUUAUAAAUAUAAUAGAUAUAAGAUCACCAAAUGGCUUACCAAAUAAAUCAACAAUAUUAUUCUUUUUAGAUAUAAUACAUGAUAUAAUGAGUUUAAUAAUUUUCUUAGUAUUUAUUUUUGUUUUUAUAUUAAACAAUUUCAGUAAUUUGCCAUUACAUAUGACAGCAGAUAUUAUACACGUUAUCAAAACCCUAAUAACAAAAUUCAAAUCAUUUAAAAGAUAUAGAGAAUUAACGAAAAAUAUUGAAACAAAAUUUAUUAAUGCCACUGAAGAAGAAUUAAAAGAAGCUGGAACUUGUAUAAUAUGUAGAGAUGAAUUAAAAAUAGGAUCUAAAAAACUUGAAUGUGCUCAUAUAUUUCAUGUUGAAUGUUUAAAAUCCUGGUUUAUACAACAACAAACAUGUCCAAUAUGUAGAAGAGAAAUCAAACCAUAUCCAAAUAAAAAAGAUGACUUAAAAAAAGCUGAUCAAAAUGAUCAAAACGAACAAAAUAAAAAACAAAAACAACCAACUCCCCUAACUGCACAAGAAAUUAUUAUGAAAGAAAAUUUCUUACCUAAUCACCAUUCAAAUUACUUAAAUGAAGUUGAAAAUCAAAACUCCAAUAAUACACAAGAGAAACUUGCGGAUGCCUUUGUUCAAAAUUCGAAUAUGAAGAAACAAAUCCAAAUUUUGACCGAUAUGUGCGACUACUACCGGGAACUCUCUUUGUCGUGCCUUAAAGAAAUCGACAAAAUUAACCAUUCCAAAAUGCCCGCAAGUGUAAUGCUUAGAAACAUAUAUGGAUCUCGUGACUAUGCAACAUCGAAUAAUGCCGAAGAUGAAGUUCAAAAAUAUUUAAAAAAACUUAAUUAUGUUCCAGAAAUAAAUGAUUUAAAAAAUUAUUUAGAGAAAGUAUUAGUUACAGAUAUGAAAUAUACAAAGGAUAUUUCUUCAUCAAUAUAA